AUGAUAGUAGUAGCUAGGAAACAAAAAGAGAUAAAGGAAACUCAAACCAUAAUUAGAACAAUCAAAGAUAGUCAGCCACAACUGGAAACUGGUAUUGAGGGAAUAGCAGCAGAUGAUAUUGUAUAUGACUUAGCCGAAAAUAUAAUUAACAGUAUUUUGAAACAAAUAUCCAUGGAAGAUGUAAAUAUUUAUUUAUUUAAGAGAGAUGAUAAGAAUAGAUUACCAUCAUUAACAACAGUGCUGAUUCAAGAAGUGAAUAGAUAUAAUAAGUUGCUAAAAUUGAUCCACUCUUCAAUGGUAAAUCUAAAAAAAGCCAUUAAAGGAUUAGUGGUUAUGUCCGAAAGUUUGGAGAGCGUCUUUAAAGCGCUAACUAAUAAUCAAGUACCAGACGUCUGGACUAAAAGAGCAUACAAUUCAUUGAAAAGUUUGGGAAGCUGGAUUAAAGAUCUCGCUUUGAGGUUGGACUUUAUAACUAUUUGGGCGAGAUCAGGAUAUCCCACAUCAUAUUGGAUAUCAGGCUUCUAUUUCCCCCAAGGCUUUCUAACUGGUACUUUGCAAACUUACGCAAGAAAAUACAACUUACCAAUUGACAAAUUGAAGUUUGAUUUUACAGUACAUCCAGUUAAUUUAGAUCAAGAAGAAAUAAAAAUAGCACACGAUAUAGAAGGAAAAGAGCUAUCAUUUACCGUCACGUCAUUUAUUGAAUAUACUGACGAAAAAGAAGCCCAAGUUCCUUAUGCAACAAACUUGUACGCACAUAGUAUGAGUCAGUACCUGCCUGUAGGAGAUUUCACUUGGUUAUCAAAAGAUGAAAUUAAAAAUCUUGAUAUAAUGUCUAUAUCACAAUAUUCAGAUUACGGCUAUGUAUUUGAAGUAGAUAUACCAAAGAUCCAAAAAAUUUACAUGAUAAACACAACGAAUUCCCAUUUUUGA